AUAAUAGCAGUUUCUUUAACCGCAAUGGCGCAAAUGAUUGAGAAACUGGCCGGCAUGUUGAUUUCAACCCUAUUCCUGAGGAUCCAAAUGCGUCCAUAAUAAAUACUAUACAUGUUUGUACAUUGACGCUAGGAACAUGCCGCCAGUUGCGGUCAGGUGUGAGCCGACAGCUCGCAGCCAAACACGCUUUCACCCAAAGCCCUGAAUAUGAUGAUACUCCUUAUGGUGACAGAUACCAUGUCUUGUGUAUGCGACAGCGCUGGGCAAGGCCGCUGCAGCAGGCAAACGCUGCUGUGCGGAUACAGGCUGGAGGCUGCACUGGCGCAUUAGAAAUGUGCAAAGAAAGGAAAACGCGCAUUCCUUUAAUUGCUGGAGCGGGGCGGCUUGCGCCCUUGCUCGCGUGCGUUCUCUUCGCCGCAUCACUCGGCACCGGCGUGUUCGGGAGCGUGCCCCCGGUCCCACCAUCGCCGGAACCGCCUUCGCCCCCCGCCGCCUCCGCGAGUGCCGCGCUCCCGACAUGGACGCAUUCGUGCCGAUUGCAGCUCAUCGGCAGCGGCAUGUCAGGAGCUGCAACCGACGGCAGCACAACGCCUAAGGCUUGGUCGUUUCAAAGCGCGAGCAUCGAAUGUUGGCCGGCAUCCCUGGACGCAGUAAUGGACGGUCCCACGCCCUCCACAACAUGGCCACAGCCCUCGUCCUCACCCUCGCCCUCGCCAGCCCCUUCCUCCAGCCCGUCCCCGUCCCCCACCGCCUCCCCCAAGCCCUCCCCAAGCCCCUCCUCCUCCUCCUCCUCCUCCCCCGCCCCUUACCCACCCAUCGCCGCCGCCGACCUGGUUCAUGUGUCGGCAUGGGCACCGCUGGCGCUGCUUCUGCGCAGCUCCGCCGGCGGUCUGCGAGGCAUCGCCCUCAGCAACGACCGCACCGCGCUCGUAGCCGCCGCAGACGCCACGGGCAGUGGCAGCGGCAGUAGCAGUAGCAGCGUCAGUGGCAGUAGCAGCGUCAGUGGCAGUAGCAGCGGCAGCGGCAGUAGCAGUGGCAACACGACGAGCGGCGCGGGCGACUGGGGUCUGUCGUUUGUGGGUGUGCCCCACCUGCGACUGGUUGGCUGCCGGGUGAAGGGGCUGCCGCUCAGCUCCGUGGCGCCGCUGCUGCAGGUCAUCGGAUCCAACUACCUGACGGUCCAGGGCCUCACCCUGUCGCGGCUGUGGGGCGAGCCCGUGGUCAGCGGCAGUAGCAGCGGCAGCAGCAGUGGCGGCAGUAGCAGCGGCAGCGGCGUCGGCGGCAGUAGCAGCGGCAGCCCCAGGCGGCGGGUGUACGGCCCGCUGCAUGCGGCGGGGCUGCUGGGAGCUGACCUGCGUGGCGUGUCGUGUGCCGACGUGUCCGACGCCCACGGCUACUCCUGCCUCGCGCUGCUCUUCCGCGCCCCCGGCAGUAGCAGUGGCAGUAGCAGCAGCAGUGGCAGUGGCAGUAGCAGCAACAUUAGCAGUAGCGGUGGAGUCUCGGCUCUGCUCCGGAUCGCGGACAGUCGCUUUCAGCGGGGUCGGGUGGUCUGGCCCGGUGACCUCACGGGGGGCGGCGGCGCUGCUACUGCCGGUCUUGGCGGUGCCAGCGGCUCGGCGGCUGUGGCUGCUACUGCCGCCGCCGCCCUCGCCAACGUGACCGCCGGCGCUGUGGUGGUGUGGUCACCGCCAGCGGCGGCUGUAGCAGCAGCGGCCGGAAACGCCAGCGCGGGCAGCUUGGCCUUGGGCGAGGUAUGGCUGGAGGGAGUGACGGCGGACGCCAACGCGGGUGGCAGCGGCGCGGCCCUGGCGUUGCUGGGCGGGAGCCUGGGCACUCUCACGCUGAUGAAAACAACGCUCAGGAACAACACAGCAGACCCGGCCGCCGCAAACACCGACGGCGCCGCACUCGUGGCCCUCAUCUUUGGCGGCGUUGCCGGCAGCGGUGGCGGCGGCAGUGGCGGCGCGGUGUACAUCGAAACCGCCGUGCAGCGUGUCGUGCUGGCCAACCGCUCCUCCCUAGCCCAAAACCGUGCCGCCGCCCACGGCGGCGCGCUGGCGGUUGGCGGCGGGCCGUUGGGCUCCCUUGAGCUGUACGACAGCAGUACACUGGAGUACAACACGGUGCAGUACGGCAGUGGCGCGGCGGUGCACUGCGGCGGUGAUCUGGGCCAGAUGCUGAUGUACGGCGGCAGCGGCGCGUACGGCAACGCUGCCAAGGGAUCCAACGGUUUUGGAGGGGUGCUGUACGCAACCGGAAACGUGACCCGGAUCCAGAUGUACAACGGCAGCAGCAUCAGCGGCAACAGUGCCGUACGCAGUGGCGGCGCGCUGUACGGCGCCUCCAGCAUGGGUGAGAUCGUGCUGUACGGCGCCAGCGGCAUCAACGGAAAUUCGGUUGGCACGGGAUCCGGAGGAGCGAUCCACGUGGCGCAGUCGUUGGCUUUGCUCCGCCUGACUGAUGGCAGCAGCAUUGACAACAAUGCCGCCGCCACCUCGGGCGGUGGGGUGUACCUGGAGAGCGGCUCCCUGGGGGCCCUGGAGCUGUACGGUGGCAGCACCAUGGACGGCAACACAGCAGCCAACGGUGCCGGCGGCGCCGCCUGUGCCGCUGCCGGCUCGCUUUUAACUGUAACCCUGGACGGCGGCUCCAGCAUCAGCCGUAACGCCGCCAAGGGUACAGGCGGCGGUGGCGCGCUGUUUAGUCAUGAUCGGAUCGCGGCUCUGACGCUGGCGGGUGCGAGCCACAUGGAUACGAACAGCGUGCUGCUGCUGCGGGACGGCUCUGGCGGCGCGGUGUACUGCACCGGCGGAGUGGUCAGCAUCACACUUUCAGGCGGCUCCUCGGUUUCGAACAACAGUGUGACCGGCCUGCAACGUGGGCGCGGCGGCGCCAUUGCGGUUGACAACCGCCUGAGCCAACUGCUGCUAACCGACGGAUCUUACAUGGUCGGCAAUGUCGUGAACAACGGAAAUGGCGGCGCGGUCUUUGCCGCCACCAUAAAGUACGUUGAUCUGAGCAGCGGCGCGUACGUCAUCAAUAACCAGGCGGUUGGCGGUGAUGGCGGCGCGGUGUACGGCGCGUACCUGCUAUCAGACGUACGGCUAACCGGCGGCGCGGUGGUUGAUGACAACGCGGCGGGGGGUAGCGGGGGCGCGCUAUACUCUGGCGGCCCCUUGGGCUCCCUCGUGCUAUCAGACGAGGGGAGCAGCAUGUCACGGAAUACGGCAGCCGGUGGGCCCGGCGGCGCUGUUGCCGUGCCGUACGGCACGGGUGUUGAAACCGCGGGCCGGGUUUCAAUCCUCUCGCUGUCUGGUGGCGCCGCCAUGAAUGACAACGAGGCGCAUGGUGGACCUGGCGGCGCACUUUUCGCCGGCGCCGCCAUUGAUGCCGUACUCAUUGAGGGCGGCAGCAGUGUCACAGGCAACACGGCGUUGGAUCCAGAACUUGGGUACGGUGGCGCGUUGUACGCGGCGGUUGGGAUCAGUUCCAUCACCAUCACGGGAUCCGGAUCCAGCCUGGACGGAAACCGCUCCGCCAAGGAGGGCGGCGCGGUUUUCUGCGGCGGACCCGUGGGUCUGGUGCUGCUGUCCGAUGGCGGCAGCAUGCGUCGUAAUGCCGCCGCCGGCGGCAAUGGCGGCGCCAUCUGUGCUGCUGCGCCGUACUUCACCAACGGCAGCGCGCUCGCGGUGCCCAGCACGGCGCCGGCGCUGUCGGGCAUGGGAGAGCUGAAUGGCCUGACGGUUAGUAACGGAAGCGAGGUGGUUGGCAACCGCUGCUGGGGCCAUGGUGGCGCGGUUCACGCGGACAGCCGAUUGGUGGAGCUGCGUGUCUCCGGCGCCAACUCCUCCCUCUCUGGCAAUCAGGCCGGCGUCGACGUCAGCGCUAGCAAUGUCAGUGGUGGCGGGGACAGCAAUGGCGGCGGCGGCAGCAUUGGGGGUGGCAGCGGCAUUGGGAGCGGCAGCGGCAGCGGCGGCGCGGUGUUCGCGGGCUCGCUGCCCGGCGGGCUGUACAUCACCGACGGCGCGGUCGUGUCGUACAACAGCGCCACUGGCGGCGGCAGCGGCGGCGCCGUCUACGUGGCGGCGGGGCCGCUGCCCAACGCCACCAUCGCCGGCGGCGGCACGGUCGUGUCGUACAACGCCGCCGGCGGCGCCUCCGACAGCUCUGGCGGCUUCCUUGCCAUUGCCGUUGGCGGCAGCGGCGGCGGCGGCGGCGGUGGCGGCGCGCCCGGGCUGGGCCUGCUGCUGGUCACCGACGGCGCGGCUGUGUACGGCAACAGUGCCACCCGUGGCGGCGCCGUCAGCUGUGGCGUGCUGGGGCGGCUGCGGUUGGAGCGAGGGGCGGUGGUCAGCGGCAACACGGCGCGCCCGCCGGGCGUUGGCGGCGGCGGGAUCGUUAGCUACGGCGGCGCCGUGCACGUGUCGUACCGUUUGGAUGCGUUGGAGAUCCGGAGUGGCGGGCGGCUGGAGGCGAACAGCGCGGAUCCGGGGCACGGCGGCGGCGUGGCGUGUUUUUCUGGAUCCGGAUCCAGCAGCCCCAACGCCUGCCGCGUGGCCUCCGUGCUCAUUGACGGCAGCAGUGGCGGCCGUGUCGGCGGUGUCGGCGGGCAAGCAGCCGCCACGCCAUCAAUGACGACGGGCAUCCUCAACUGUACCGCGCGAUUGGGCAACGGCGGCGGCAUCUGGGUGGAGGGAAACCUAACCGCCAUGGUCAUGACGGGACGCGGCGCCAGCCUGUCGCACAACGCCGCAGUGCCCGUGUCCAAUUCAGGAUCCAACGGCCAGGGCGGCGCCGUGUUCGUCGGCGGCGUGCUGGGCUCCGUAACCGCCGACGGCGGAGCUGCCAUCUCAGGCAACCGCGGCAAGUCGGGCGGCGCGGUCUAUGCGGCCCGCUCGCUGGGCGCGGUGUGGGUGCUGGGCGGCUCUGUGGUCGACGGCAAUGUGGCCAGCAGCAGUGGCGGCGCGCUGUACACCGCUGGUACCAUCAGCUUACUAACGGUUGCGGGCGCCGGCUCGGCCUUUAGUAACAACGCGGCGCGCGGCGGCGGCGCCUCUCGCGACGAUGGCGGCGGCGCGGUUACGGCGGUUGUGGGGCUGGGCAACGUAACGCUGUCGGCUGGCGGCGCCAUGACUAAUAACUCGGCGGCGGCAAAUGGCGGCGCGGUGCUAGUUUCGCGGGGGCCUUUGGGCUACCUGCGGCUGUUGGACGGCGCCGCCAUGACUAAUAACGCCGCCAACAACUCUGGCGGCGCCGUGUACGGUUUUACCGCUAUCUACGAGGUGCACGUGCUGGGCGUGGCGGCGGCGGCGGCGGACAGCGUCGGCAACAGCAGCAGUGGCAGCAGCGGCAGUAGCAGUAGCAGUAGCAGCAGCAGCAGCAGCAGCAGCAGCAGCAUGCCUGCUACAGCCGCCGCCCUGUCCCGGAACUAUGCGGGCUACCGCGGCGGCGCCGUUGCGACCAACGGCACGCUGGGGUUGCUGGAGGUGGGGCCGAGUGGCGGCGUGAACGACAACCGAGCGCGCGGAGAUGGAGGAGCGGUGUUUGCAGCUGUCAACCUGACGACACUGAUAUUGCCACCUCCCGGCCCCUCCGGCGCACCCUCCACCGCCCUGGCUUGGAACCUGGCCGACCGCGGCUGUGCGCUCGGCCGCGCCGGCUUCGGCACCGCCGCCGCACGCACCGUGUGUCGCCAGCUGGGCUACACGGGCGCAGUGGCGGGCGGCGAGUACUACACCGCGGGCGGCGGCGUGGGACCCAUCCACCUGCUGCUCAUUGAGAGCGACCCCGCGCGCGCCGCCCGACUAGACCAGUGCCGCAACACGGGGUGGGGCAACGCCACCGGGUGCACACACCCCGAGGACGUGGGCGUCAACUGCGAGGUGGUCUACCCGCCGCCCAUGCCGCCCGCCGCGCCGCCGCCGCUGCCGCCAUCACCCCCGCCCCGGCCGCCUCCCCCGCCGCCACCCCCGCCGCCGCCCUCGCCGCCGCCGCCGCCCUUCCCGCCGCCGCCGCCGCCGCUGCAGUUGCCCGCAUGGAGCCACAGCUGCCGUGUCGAGCUUCGCGGCACCUACUCGGCAGGGGCUGCAGCUGCAGCUGCUACAGCCCCCGGCGGCGGCGGCGGCGGCGGCACUGGCGGCGGGAGUGACAGUGUCAGUGGCGGCGGGCCUCGCCGGCGGCUGCGGCAAAAGGAGGCUGAGCGCGAAAGCAUCAUGGGCAGUAGUGACGGUGUCGGCAGUAGCAAAGGGGAGGAGGCAGGGGCAGGGGCGGCAGUAGCAGCAGGGGUGGAGGACGUGCUUGCUACUGCCAACGAAGCCGCUGCUGGGCUGGCGCUGCAGGCACGGCACGCGCUUGAGGAAGCUGUAGCAGCAGCGGAGGACGCGCCGCCGGAUGACUUGCGGCUCUUCAGCCCACCGCCGCCGCGGCCGCCGCCGCCACGCGCGCCGCCGUCGCCGCCCGCGCCGCCGGACAUCCCGGUGUUUGCGUUUGAGGCGGCUUACGUGGAGUGCUGGCCCGCGGGCGGCAGUAGCAGCGGCGGCAGUGGCAGCGGCAGUAGCAGCGGCAGUAGCAGUGGUGACGAUGUGGCUGUGCGUGUGGGAAGCCUGCUGAUGCAGUACUUGGUGCCGGGCCCCGGAGUGAUCCUGAUCGACGCGGGAGCGGAGGCAGCAGCUGCUGCUGCUACUGCCGCUGGUGUGGAUGCUACUGCCGGCGGCGGUGACAGCAGCGGUGACAGCGGCUGGGGGCUGGAGUUCGUGUCGGGGGAUGUCAGCGGCGGCGUGUCAGGCGCGGUCGUGUCACACCUGCGACUUUUAGACACGCUCGUUUCAGACCUGCCGCUCUCCCCCACCGGGCCCCUGCUCGCCACCUCCGGAAUUGACUUCGUGUCACUCGCCAACGUCACCCUACGAAACCUGGCCGGCCGCCCGCCGCCGCCUUCGUCCAGCGGCAGUAGCAGUGGCGGCGGCAGUAGCAGUAGCAGUGGCAGUAGCAGCAGGGAGGUGCACGGCCCGGUUCACCUGCAGGAAGUUACGGGGGCUGCAGUCAGUGGGUUGCGGUGCGAGGGCGUCACUGACGCCUGGGGCUGGUCCUGCGUUCUGUUCAGCUACGGCUCUGAUUUCAGCAAGAGCAGUAGCAGCGGCGGCGGCAGCAGUAGCAGCCUCACGGGCGGCGCAGGCAUGCUGUCGGUCCGUGGCUCGAUCGUGCGUGGCAAUUCGGUCGUGGCCCCCCACUCCCUCCUCCCCGACUACGUCGCUUUCACCGCCGCCGCUACUGCCGCCACCGCUGCUACUGCCGCCGCUACUGCAUCCGCCUCAGCAGCUGGCGUGGCGGUGGCGGCCGCGGCGGCGCCGACGGGGUACGGUGCGCUGGUGGUUCGUGGCACGAGGGCGCUUGGGGUGCUGCAGGUCGAGGACAGUUACUUCGAACGCAACAUCGGCGGCAAUGGCGCGGCGGUGUGCGCCACACAGGUCGCAAUCAGCCUGGCCAUCCUCCGUGGCGUGAACGCAACUGCCAACGCCGCACGCCACGGCGCCGCCCUCUUUAGCGACUCCCGAUUAGGCGACUUAGUCAUUGACGGCGCCAGCACCCUAACCGCCAACAGCGCAGCCGCCAACGGGGGCGCGAUCGCCGCUGCCGCCGGUGCCGCCAGCGUCCUGCUCGACGGCGGUGCGGCCUUUUUAGGCAACGUGGCCGGAGGCGCAGGCGGCGGAAUAUUCAUUGGCGGCGACGUGGCCCGCGCGUUGGUGUUGCGUGGCGGAGCGGCGGUGCGUGGCGGCAAGGCUGGCGGCGGCGGCGGCGGGAUUUAUGUGGACGGUGUGGUUGGCAGCGGCGUGACGCUGGCCGGCGGCGCCGCCAUUGACGGUAAUAUGGCCAUCGGCGGCGACGGCGGAGGACUGGCUGUAGCUGGCGGCGCCAGCAGUGGCGGCAGUAGCAGCAGCAUUGGCGGCAGCGGGCUACGGCUGGCGGGUGGCAGUAGCAUCUCGAACAACGAGGCCCGCGCUGGCGGCGGUGGCGGCGUGUGGGCGGCGGGCGUAGUUGCCGGCGUCAGUUUGGCGGGCGCGGGCACGCGUGUCGCGGGAAACGUGGCGGCGGGUGCCGGCGGCGGGCUGCGUUUGGGCGCAAUGCCACGAGGCGGCGGCGCCCUCACCCUCAGUGGCGGCGCCGCGCUGGAGGACAACACAGCCGGGAGCGUUGGCGGCGGCGGCGUCUGGAUCGGCAGUAGCAUCGCGUCGAUCGUGCUUACCGGCACCGGCAGUAGCAGUGGCAGUAGCAGUGGCAAUAGCAGUGGCAGUAGCAGUGGCAGUAGCAGUGGUGCCAACGGCACAAACACGCGCCUCUCCGGCAACCAGGCCCUGGCCGGCGGCGGCGGCGGCAUCUGGGUCGGCGGCGCGCUGGGCGAGCUGCUGCUGUCCGCCGGCGCCGCCGCUGACGGCAACGCCGCCGCCACCGGAGAUGGCGGCGCCGUCGCCGUCGGCGGCGCGUUGGGCACGUUGUCGCUGCUCGGCGGCGGCACCAGCAUGUCUGGGAACGCGGCGGCGCGAGGCAGCGGCGGCGGCGUCGCCGCCGCCGGCGCCGUCGGCGCCGUCAGCCUACAGCAGGGCGCGGCGGCGGCGGGGAAUGUGGCGGGCGCGGACGGAGGCUUUCUGUUCGCGCCCGGCGUCCUGGGCAGCCUGAGUCUGUCGGGUCGAAGCCGGCUAGAGGGCAACACGGCGGCGGCGGCGGGCGGCGCGGUGGCGGCGUUUGCCGUGGCGGGCGGUGUGGCGCUGUCGGGCGGAAGCGUGGCGUCCGGCAAUGUGGCCGGCUGGCGCCCGGCCCCUGCUACUGCCGGCAGCAGCACCGGCGCUGGCAGUAGCAGUAGCAGCGGUGGCACGGGCAGUAGCAGCGGCACGGGCAGUAGCGCCGGCAGCAGCAGCGGGCGAGGCGGCUUUCUGGCUGUCACUACCGACGUGGCGGGCGGCGUAACGCUCGACGUCGGCAGCCGGCUCUUCAACAACUCGGCCCUUGGGCGCCGCGGCGGCGCCGUCGGCGGCGCCAUUGCCGUACAGGGCCGUUUGAGCCUUCUAGCUCUUGACGGGCCCGGGUCCCUGAUCGCCGCUAACCAGGCGGGAGGGCACGGCGGCGCGAUCUGGGUCGGUGGCGUGCUGGAGCGGCUGAGCAUCACUGGCAGUAGCAGCAGUGGCAGUAGCAGCGCCGGCAAUGGCAGUAGCGGCCCCGGCAGUAGCAGCAGCGCGGCGACGGGGAUGGUGGGGAACGUGGCCGAGGACGGCGACGGCGGCGCCAUUGCGGCCGGCUGCAUCAGUGAGGUGGCAGUGGUGGGGCCGGGCGCGGUCCUGGCGAGGAACGCAGCGGCCCGCCACGGCGGCUGGGCGGCCGUCGGCGGCUGGCCGGCGGCGGCGGCGCCGUCGGCGCUUGCGCCUGGCGUGUCGCAGUGGCGAUUCGCUGACGGCGCGAGCUUGGAGAGCAACGUCGCGGCGGCUGGAGAUGGCGGGUUUCUGAGCGCACGCGGCGUCGGUCCUCCAGAUGCGGCGACGUCGGCCGCCGCCGCCGCGGCGGCGCCGUUUUGGGCGGUGCUUUUUGAGUCCGUGUCGCUGUCAGGCAACAUGGCGGGCGGGAGUGGGGGUGCUUGGGCACUGACGACGGCGGCGGCGGCGCCAUUGCAGCAGCGGGCGGCAGCAGCGGCGGCGGCGGCGGCGGCGGUGGCGGAAGCUAUGACGGGACGUGUCGCACCGCUGCUGCUGGUGUUUCAGAAUGCCUCGGUGGAAAGCAACACGGCGGCUGGUGGCGGCAGUGUGGUUGGCGGCGGCGGCGGCGGCGGCGGCGGAGCAAUCUUCGUGGACUGGAGCAUGACCUCGCUGAGUAGCAGCGGCGACGGCGACGGCGCGAGUGUGUCUGUUAGCGACUGUCUGGUGUGGCUGGAGGGCGGGACGCUGCGAAACAACUCCGUGACUGCUGCUGCAUUCGUAGCCGCGGCCGGUGGCAAAGCAGGUGACGUCGGCGGCGGCGGCAGUGGCGGCGGCGGCGGCGGCGGCGGCAGUGGCGGCGGCGGCAGUGGCGGCGGCGGCGUGUUGCGGCUGGUCGGCUGCGGCGCUCACAUGACAGACGUCGCAGCCCGCGGCAACACCGUGCCGGCGACCGGGAACGGCGGUGCCGUGUCGCACACCUAUCGUGCAUCCGCCGCCGCCGUUGCGGCGGCGCUGCGUGCGGCGAUGGCGGCUGCUGACGGCGGCGCACCGGCAGUAGCAGGGAGCAGCGACGGCGGCAGCGGCAGUAGCAGCAGCAGCAGCUGGUCAAGCCCACCGCUAUUCCCCUCCGGCUACGCGCCUUGGGCCCUUGCUACAGCCAGCCUGCCCAAGCUCUCCGCCUCUGCACAAAACAGCUGCGGCAGUAGCAGCACCAGGGACAGCGACGACGGCAACGCGACGCAGUCCGCCACGUCAGCUGCUGCUGGCGACGCAGCGGCGCUCUGCCCCUCGCUGCCACGUCAGCCGCCGGGAGCUGCGGGCGUGGCGGCGCCGGCGGCGCAGCUGCUGGCGGCGUUGGACGCGGCCCGUGCUUUAGCCCUCAGCAGUGGCAGUGGUAGUAGCGGCAGUAGCAGCGACGACAGCGCGCUUGUGGAUGCCUUGGUGGCGGCUGCGGCUGGGCCGGGCGGCUUCACCGCAUGCGGCACUUGCUUCGCCGGCAAUGUGGCGGCGGCGGCGAGCGGCCGCGGCGGCGCCGUCGCCUUGAGCCAUCGCCUGCCCUCCGCCGCCGACCUGCUGCCGCUUGCUGAGUCUCUCAUCAAGAGCGGUGGCGGCAAUGCCAGCACGGGAGCAGCAGCGAUAGCAGUGUCAACUGCCGUGGCCAGCGCCGCGGCGCGGCUGCUGCGGGGCGGCGGCGGCGUGGCAGCGGCGGCGGGCGCGAUGACUUAUGCGCUCCAGGGCUGCGUUCUGACUGGCAAUGCCGCGGGCUUGGGUGGCGGCGCGCUUAGCUUCGAAGCGGAGGAUGACACAACGGCGUCGCCGCCAGAGCCGCCGCCGCAGCCGCCAGCAGGGCCGCCGCCAGGGCUGCUGCUGCCUAGUGCUAGCGGCACCAGCCGUCGUCUGGUAGAGACGAUGGCGGCGGCGGCGGCGGCGGAAGCAGCAACAUCAACAGCACCAACAAUAGCAGCAGCAGUUGGGCUGUUGCACGUGGCGGAGUCGGAUGUGUUUGGCAACACUGUUGGCGUGGGGUCUCUGCUGGCAGCAUGGUCGCCGCGGGGGUCAUUCCUAUUGCCGCCAGACGGGUCAGCUGUACCCUGCGGCGGCGGCUUGGCAAUCUCUGGCGGCGGCGCCAGUGCCAGCGUGACGCAAUCCACAUUCACAUCCAACGCAGCAACCGCGCCGACUUACAACAACAACAGCAACGGCAUGGCCUCACCCUCGGCCGCUCGUGGUGGCGCCGUAUGCGUGCGCGGCGGCGCCGCCGCCGCAUUCCUUGCCACCGCCUUCCACGCAAACGUCGCGUACGGCGACGGGGGCUCGUUAUACGGCGGCGGAUGCGGGUUUCUUUCGCUGUCUGGCGGCUGUAGCAUCCGCUCGUCUGUCAGUGGUGGUGGCGGCUACGGCGGCGGCUUGGCUGUGGUGGGCGGCUGUAGCAGGGGCCUGAGGCUGCAGGGGCUGUUGCUCGCCAACAACAGCGCCGCCUCUGGUGGUGGGUUGUUUGUGUCCGGUGGCGGCAGUAGCAGUAGCGUGACAGGCGAUAUUAGCAGCGGCAGUAGCAGUAGCAGUAGCAGCGGAGGCGUGAUGGUGCUUGCCGAGUCCGUAACGCUGUGGAACAACACCGCAAUGGGGUGGCGUACAGCUGCGGCUACUGCCACCACUGCCGCUGCUACUGCGGCCACAGCUGCUAUGGCUACUACCGGCGGGCAGCAGGAGGCGGCGGCGUGGCGGCGGCAGCACGCGGGCCGCGGCGGCGGCGCGUUCCUCGGGGAACGUGCGGCGGUGGUCUUCAGCGGAGGCAGUGGCGGCGGCGUCGAGGCCGCGGCCCUGCUGCUUGGCGGCGGCAACACUGCUACAGCCGCCGGAGCUGACAUUGCCAGCCUACAGACGUGCGCCCUUGCCCCAGCAGCCUCCCCAGCAGCAACAGCGCAGUCCUCGCAACCCGGCGCGUCCCCAGCGGGCAUCAUUGACAGCGACGUUGUAGUAGGCGGCGGUGGCGACUGGGCGCAGACCUGGCGGGCGCUCGCAGACACCACCGCGCGUGGCUGCUGGCCCCUAGUGCUCCACAACACCCGGCUACGCCUCCUGGCCACCGGCAGUAGCAGCGGCAGUAGCAGCAGCGGCAGUAGCAGUAGCAGCAAUGACACGGCUGUCAAGCCGCUGUGGAUGGCCGACCCUGACGCCGCCGCCCUUCGCGUGGGCUGCAGCAGCAGUAGCGCCAGCAGUGGCAGUAGCAGCAACGGGACGGCAGUAGCCGCGGGAUCCACUGAUGCGGCGGCAGCAGCCGCCCUUGCCGCGCGGGAGCAGCUCGAUGCGGCAGUAGCAGCUGUCGUGCUGCGGAGCCUGACGCCGCAAUCGCCCGCCGCCCUGGCGGCGCAGCUGGCCACGUGCCUGCUGCUACAGCCGCAGCUGGACGGCGGCGGCGGCUUGGACCCCCUGAGUGCGGCAGUAGCGCUCGGCCUGUUCAGCCCCGGCGCCAGUCCAUCGGCGGUGCGGCUGCGGCUGCUACUGCCGCUGGCGACCUACGACCGCAGCAGCCGGGCGGUGCAGCAGGUGUUGCUACAGCCGUCCGCGGCAGCCACAGGCGGCAGUAGCAGUGGCGGUGGCAGCGGCAGUAGCAGGCGCAGUGCGGCGGCGGCUGCGUCGGUGCUGCUGCUUUCCACUUCGGAGCCCUUCAGUCUUGGGGCGGAGCUGGUGUCCGUGUCAUUGGGGCGGCGGGUGACGGGCCACGGUCCCGUCACUGUCACCCUGAGCGUCGGCCCUGCCUCCCUGGCGCGGCUGCUACAGCCGACAGCAGCAGCCGGCGGCGGCAGUAGCAGCGCCACAGCCGCAUCGGCGGCAGUAGCAAGCACCACUGCCAGUGCUACAGCCGACAUGGUGAACGGCGUGGCGCGCUGGAGCGGGCUGCGGCUGGCGGGCUGGCCGGGGUCGGGCUACAGCCUCACGCUGCGUGCUACUGCCGCCGCUGCAGAGCCGGGCGCCGCAGAGGUGCUGGUCACGGUCCUCAACGUGCCAUUUGCCAUCGACACCUGCACCCCAGGCGAGGUGCCCGUGCCGGCAGUGCUGCGGGUGGUGCCGAUGCCCCCGUUAGCGGCUGCUGGGGCCGGGACCGGGGCCGCCCUUGCGGCGCCCACAGCGCCCCCGCCACCUCCUCCAGUGUCGCGAGAAGCAGCCACCACCCGCACAACCGCCACCAGCGCUCAGGCCCCGACCUCGCCACACCUGGUGUGUGUGCCCUGCGCCGCCGGCAGCUACUCCCGCUGGCCCGACCCCCGCUCCAACACCGCCGAUGCCGCGGCGGCCUUUGCCGCCGACGCCACUUUCGCUUCCAACGCAACCGCCAGCAGCAGCACUAGCAUUAGCAGCAUCGGCGGCGCCGCCUGCCUGCCCUGCCCCCGUAACGCCUACUGUGGCGGCGGUGCGGUGCUGACGCCCCGCCGUGGAUUCUGGCACACGGACCCUGGAUCCAACAUCAUGCGGCCCUGUCCGAAUCCAGCUGCCUGCGGAUCCGCGCCGCUGGUCUCGCUUGGAUCCGGAUUCUGCCGGCUGGCGGCGGCGCUUGAGCUCCAGGCGGGGAGCGGGGGGCUCGGGGGCGGCGGAGUGGCAGGGGUAAGCGAAGAGGCUGUCAGUGGUGUGUUAGUGGCGUGCCAGGCGGCAUGGUACGCCUCGCGCCCGCCCGGGGCUGCGGUGCUACAGCUAUACCGGGCCGGCCUGGACGCCAGCAGUGGCAGUAGCAGCACCAGUGGUGCCAGCAGUGGCAGUAGCAGCACCAGCACCAACACCACCGCUACUUUGGCGGCUGCGGCAGCAGCCGCGGCGGCGGCGGCGGCUGGGGUCCCAGUCGGUGCGAGCAGUGAUGCGCAGUACACGCCUGCGGACGUGUCAGCGGCAGCAGACGCCGCUUGUGUCGCCGCACCGCCGACGACGGCGCUGGAGGGGCUGUGCUUUCUCUCCCUCCCGCCGCCUGCCGCUGCAAGCUCUAUUUCUGCCACCACCACCACCACCACCACCACCACCACCACCACCACCACCACCACCACUUCCAUACCUAACGCAACCAGCACCAACACCAAUACCAACACCAGCACCGGUCAGCUGCCCCCAUCCCAGCAGUCGCAGCCACAGCCACAGCAGCCACGGCCGCCAUCGCAGCAGCAGCUGCAGCGGCUGAGCUACGGCGCCCGGCAGUGUGGCGAGGGCUAUGCCGGCCCGCUGUGCGCCGCCUGCGCCCCGGGCUUCUGGGCAGCUCCCGGAUUCGCCUGCCUGCCCUGCAACACAGCCGCCGCGGCCGCCGUGGGGCUGUUGGGGUUCGUGCUCACGUGCGGCCUCAUCCUGGGGCUGGCGGCGGCGGUGCUGGCAGAGGCCGGGGCGGAGGUGGUGGAGGAGGGGGAGGAGGCGGAGGAGGGGGAGGAGGCGGAGGGGGAGGGCCGUGGCCGGCAGGGUGGUGCGGGAGGGAGCCUCACGGACACGCUCGUGGCACUGGUCACGCAGCUGCAAUGGCUGGUCAUCGUCACUCGCCUCAACCUGACCAGCAGUAGCAGCAGCAACAGCUACAGCCAUGGCAGUAUCAGCAGUAGCAGUAGCAGCGGCUGGCCCGCCUCAGUGCGCGGUCUGCACACCGCCGCCGCCAUCCUGACCGGCGCAGGCGGCCUGGCGGCGGCGGGCUUCCCCUCCUGUCUGCUACCAGCCGGCGGCGGCGGCGGCAGCGGCGGCGGCGGUCCAGAGGCACAGGCGCAGGCACGGCUGCUGAACGCCUGGGUGGCGCCGCUGGCGGCGGCGGCGACGUGUCUGGUCCUGUGGGCGUCUGUCAGGCUGCUGAGUGGCUGUGGUGAUGACGGUGACGAUGGCGACAGCGAGGAUGCCGACGACGGCUGCCGCCGCUGCUGGCCUGGGGCCGGGGCCGCUGACCGCAGCCGCCGCCCUGCUGCGGACUCCUUGAGGCCACUCGUGUUCAGUGAUGUGGUGGUGAACAGUCGCAAGCCGGUUCCGCAGGAGACAGCGGUCGGCUACUCAGCGGCAGGAUCAGAACUAGCAGCAGCAGGAGGAGGACAAGGAGGACAAGGGGCAUCGUCUGGAGGAGGCGGUGAUGAUGCAGGAGGUGACAUCCUGGCGGGCGCGGCGGCGGCAGCGAGGGAGGCAGAGGCUGUGGCGUCGCCGCCGCGCCUGUCGCCCUUCCAACGACUUGCAGCCGCGAUUUCGAUUGUCGGGCCCAAGGCCGGCGGCGGCAGGCCGGCAGGCGGCAGGGCCGGGAGCCUACCUGGCAGCGGUGUGACAAUGCUCGGGCCCGGCGCCGUCGGCACUGUGGGUGGGGGCGAGAGGUCGAGCGCGCCCGCCGCGUUGCAAGGCGCCGCGACGGCGACGGGGGUGGCCGCAGAUUUGUUCAGGCGCGCGCGCGGCCGGCACCAGGAGAGGCGCAGCCACGUCAGCAGCAGGCGGGGUGGUGGCGGCGGCUUUGGGGCGGCCGGCAGCCGUACGGGCAGCAGCGGUGGGUCCGGUUCUGAAGGCGGCGGCGGCGGCAGGGCCAGCCCCCGGCUUGUUUACCUAGACGACUUCCCUCGCCGCCGCCAGCAGCAGCUGCAAAUGCAGCAGCAGCAGCAGCAGCAAAUGCAGCAGCAGCAGGAGAUUGAGGAGGUGGGGCCGCCGCCGCACCUGGCUGACACGGCCGCGGCGGGAGCAGCAGUGGCGGCGGGUAGCGCGCCGUUUGCAGCCGGUGGGGACGGCUGGGAUGGCGAGGCCGACGGCAGGCUAGGCAUGGACAGCAGCGGCGGCAACAGCUUUCACGGCUUGGCCGGUGGUGAGCGCCGCACCGCGCCCGCACGUGUGUACGGCGCCGCGGCCGCGCUGUACGCCAACCGCCCUCCACUGCGCCGCCGCGUUACCCUGCGAAGCAGCGGCGGCGGAGGCAGUGGCGGCGGCAGUGGCAGCGGCGGCGGUGGGAGCCGCGUUAGUAAUGGCGGCGCCGGCGGCGGGGCGGACGCAGCGGUUGUUGUUGGUGGCAGCACCAUUGCCACCGCCAGCGUCAGCGGCAGGAGCAGCGGCAUUGACACACCCGGCAGCGUAACCCCGGCUGACGAGGAGCAGGAGGAGGCCGCUGCCGUUGCCGCUGAUGGUGCUGCUGGUGCUGUUGGUACUGGUGCUGGUGCCGCAAGCGCCGCGGGUCGGAUUGGCAUCCGGCCGCACCCGCCGCCGCCUUUCUACGCCGCUGCCGCGCCAAGUGCCGGAGGCGGCGGCCGAGGUGGACAGGGCGCCGGUCUUGGUGGCGGUGGCGGAAUGCGCCCGAGCCUGGGCCGGCCCAUGCAGCGCCGCAGCCAACAACUGCCGCCGCUGCCCACACACGCCCAGUCAGCUGUAGCCGCCGCUGCUGCAGCCACGGCUGCAGCCGCUGCCAAAGCCACUGCUGCAGCCACUGCUGCAGCCGCUGCUGCAGCUCCCAAUAGCGGCUGGGCGGGGCCCGGGCCGCGUGUCGAAGGCGGGCUGGGGCCCGGGCCGCUGGGUGAGGCGACCGUGACGGAGGAGGGCGGGGCGCAGGAGAGGGAGGAGGAGGAAGACGCGGUGGGAGGCGGGCUGUGGGAGCGCCACACCUACAGCGGCGGACGCGGCAGUGACGGCACGCGUGCGGCGCUUACCGCCGCCCGCAGUGCUCGUGCCAGCUUUGGUGGAGGCGGCGUCGGUGGCGGCGGCGUUGGUGGCGGCGGAGGUUCCAGGGUUGGUGGCGCCAGCUUUCUUACUCGCGGCUUCAGCCUCCGAAUGUUCGGUGGCGGAGGCGGAGGUGGUGGGGGGGUUGAGGGAGGAGGCGGUGGCGGCGACCGGCCCUCGGGUGGUCGUACCACCGCCACCACCUCCUCCUCCGGCCGCCUGCUCAGCAGCUUUGGCACCCUCACCAGCUCCCUCUCGGGCGCCUUCGGUGGCGUAUCGCCGCCUCCCGACAAGCCGAUCCUCGUGCGCCCGCGCAGUGGCCCUCUCAGCGGUGCCACAGCCGGUGCUACAGCCGGUGCCGCUACUGCUACAGCCGCUACAGCUGCAGGCGCCAAGCCGCCGCUGCUGCGCUCGCUGCACGGCCUGCCGCCGGGCAGCAGGGCCCUCGGCUCCGCCACCAAUGCGGCGUUUCCCGCUGGCGGGCAACAUUGGGACCGUCAUGGCGGCGGCGGCGGCAGCGGCGGCGGCGCCGCGGCAAAACGUGGCUCCGUGUCAGCAUCCGGAGCCGUGCCGGGCGUGGGCGGCGGCUGGGGCGGCGGCGUCGCCGGGGCAGGGGGCGGGUGGGCGGGAGAGGGUGGCAGCGUUGGCGGCUGGGGGGAGGAGGGUCGGAGCUUCCGCGUGUCGCCAAACACAGGCACGCCUGCCAACCGCCAGGCCGCGUACCUCAUGCAGCGUUACGGAUCCAACAGCACGCUGCGAGAUCCGGUGCCGGAGGUCGACGACGGCGAUGGCGACGGUGAUGCAGUUGGGCUUGCCGCCGCCGCCGCCGCCAGAACCGCCAAGGGCUCCAGGGGCCGUGAUGGCGGCGGCGGCGGCGGUGGCGGUUGGCUGACGCGGCUGAGGCUGCUGGCGGCGGCCUGGCGGCGCAACCGGCUGACUGACACGGACGGUGGUGACGCAGGUGGCCAGCAGCAGCAGCAGCCGGCGGCUGUAGCGGCAGUAGCAGCAGUAUCAGCCACGCCCCCGCCGCCGCUGCGGCUGCAGCUGCUGGCGGUUGGUCUGGCGGCGGGUCAGGUGCUGCUGCCGGUGCUGGCGUGGGCGUCGUUGUCUGUGUUUGCAUGCGUGGAUCUGAACCUGGAUCCGGAUCUGGAUCCAGAUACGGAACUGGCUGGCUCUGUCGUUCCCAGUGGCAGUAGCAGUGGCGGCGGCGGCGGCGGCGGCGGCGACCCGCGCUGGCAGUUGGACCUAGGCACCACCUGCUUCAGCGGCUCGCCCCACGGGUCGCUGGACACGCCGCUGGGCGCCCUGGGGCUGUCGGUGUUCUGUGCCGCGCCGCCGGCGCUGUGCUUGGCGGCGGCGGCGGCUGUGCUGAGCAGCAGGGGCCGGAGGGAAGGCGGGGGCGGCGGCGGCGGCGGCUACAGCAGUGCCCAAGCGCUGCUGUGGUCGUGGCUGUGCCGGCGCUUCAGGCGGCCCCACUCGGCGUUGUGGCACGCUGCCUCCCAGCUGCAGCUGCUGUUGCUGCUGGCAGUCGACGUUUACGGAGCAGCCUGGCCGCUACAGCCCGCUGCUACUGCCGCCACUGCCAAAGCCCUGUCAAGCGGCAGUAGCAGCAGCAGCAGCGGCAUCAGCACGGCGGUGCUACAGCCGGCGGUGAUGGCUGUAGCGCUCACGUCCAUUGGGGUGCUUGAGCUGGUGUGUGCGCCGCUGGCGGGGCGGGCGCUGGCGCUGCUGCGGGCCGCAGGGCUGGGCGUGCUGGCGGCGACGGCGGCGCUGGCGGCGUUGCUCACGAGCGGCGCGGGCAUUGACGAGGCGGCUCGUGAGGCGGUGGGUGGUGUCAUCGUGGCCCUGAAUGCGGCGAUGCUGACUGCCAUGUGUGUGGCGGCGUGUCGCCGGGGGCUAGCGCUGCUGGUGCGACUGCGGCGGCGUGCGGCUGCUGCUGCGGGCUUCGGUGUUGGCGGAGGUGGUGGGCAGGAGGGUGGCGAGCUGAAAGGCGUGGGGCCGGGCAGGAGCGGUUGCGGCGGCUGGCUGGUUUGCUGGGGCCAGCAACAAGGGAGGCGGGGUCCACAUCAGCAGCAGUGGCGGCGCGGCAGCUGGCGGCACAACGCGGUGGCGCCUCACCUCCACGGCAGGGGUGGGCGGGGCGGAGGCGAAGGCGGAGGAGGAGGAGGGAGUGGGGAGGAGGAGCCGUGAGGAAUGCUAUGUGCCGAGGGUGUGGUGGUGCUUUUGAUACGGUAAGAGAGGCAUAGGAAGGAGGUCGCGAGGAUGGGCUGCUGCAAUGGCGACAUUGCAACACUUUCACCAGCGGGGACUUCAAGUGGUGCGUGGAUCGAUGGUGGGUCCGUGCCCCAGGCACGCAAGCAAGCAACUGGGGCGCGGGACGAAGCACAUGUGUGUGUGUGAGAGAGAGAUACGCCCCAUCCGUUUAAGCGCCCACAGCAGCUGCAGGCGCCGAAGGGACACAAAGCACGCACAAUAUGGUAAUUAAAAUGCAAUA